AUGGAUAUCCACAGGUCGCGUUUCGUGCCUUUCCCGCCGUCUGCUAUCAACGCCCUCGCAUUUUCGCAUACCGAACCCGAACAUGGCCAGCAAGAGCCUGGGUCGCUGAGGCUCGCUAUCGGACGCUCAAACGGAAACAUCGAGAUAUGGAACCCUGCGAAUGGUGCCUGGCUGCAAGAGAAGGUCUUCUACGGCGGCAAAGACCGCAGCGUUGAGGGUCUGGUGUGGACACAGAACCCCGACCAGAGGGACUCGAACGGCAAGAUCGUGCCUGGACGCUUGCGACUGUUUAGCAUCGGAUACUCAAGCAGCGUCACGGAGUGGGACCUUGCGACUGGUCUCCCGGCGCGGCACUCGAACGGCAACCAUAGCGAAGUAUGGUGUAUCGCAGCGCAGCCGAGGGCAAAGAACAGUCAUGUUGGAGGCGCCGACGAUACCGGCUCCUACCAGAAGCUCGUAGCAGGCUGCGCAGACGGCACGCUGGUUCUCCUCUCCACUGAAGACGACGACCUCCGCUUCGAGCGAUUUGUAUCUCGUGCGUCGACGAAGAAAGCUCGUGCGCUGAGUGUCGCAUAUAAAGACCAUGAUACUGUGCUUGCAGGCUUUGCAGACAGCAUGAUUCGAGUCUUCGACACAAGGAACGGCAACGUCAUCAGGAACAUUUCUUUAGGCAGCGGACCACACGGCGGGCCGAAGGAAAUUUUGGUAUGGAAAGUCAAGUGUCUCUCCAACGGCGACUUCGUUUCCGGCGACUCCACUGGCGAGAUCAGGGUCUACAGCGGCAAAAACUACAGUCAGACGCAGAGAAUCUCCGGCCACGAGGCGGAUGUCCUCGACCUGGCCGUUUCACGCGACGGCACGGGCAUCUUCAGCGCGGGCAUGGACCGUCGCACAUGCUUCUACACUUGCAAGAAGUCGCAAGGAAACAAGGGACAGAAUGGCAAGUGGCGUAAGGUAUCACACCAAAGGUACCACGAGCACGACGUGAAGGCCAUGGCAACAUACGAGGGCAACAAGCUCAGCGUCGUUGUCUCUGGAGGUAUUGAUACACAGCCUAUCGUCGUUCCCCUGCGUCAGUUUGGUCAAGAGCUCAGCCGAGGUCUGCCAGCGCUGCCUGCCACUCCUCCUCUUGUGAGCGCCCCCGAAGCACGGCUGUUGGUCAGCUGGUGGAACACUGAGGUCCGUGUUUGGCGCGUCAAGCCGAAUCACGACGGCACAGAAAAGCCAAAGGUUGUCGCACGUCUGGCUUUACAAGGAGAGGAGAACAUCACAUCCGUCUCCAUCACUCAGGACGGCGAGCUUCUCAGUGUUGCGACAGCAGAUGCUGUAAAGCUGUUCCAGCUCAUCCGCCCACAAUCAGGAACUGGACCCAGUCUUCACAUCAGGAAGAUCGAGAUGCCCGACAUCGAGGGUGCGAGGAAUGUACGCCUGACAGCGGACGGAAAGUGGCUCGCGGCGGUGACUGCGACCAACGAAGUCAGGUUCGUCAGGAUCAUCAGGACUGAGGAUCCAGAUGAUCAGCCUCGUCCGCUCGCCAAGGUCGCACGCCUGCAGCGUAUGCCUCGAGAGGAUAGCCGGACGACGUCUCUCACUGGACAGCAUGGAUCCUACGAACGCUCCAUCAACCACGCCGAGUUUUCAUCCGACGGCAGCGUGUUCGCUGUCACGGAUCUUGCGGGCUACAUCGACACGUGGGUCGUCGAAGGGCACGAGGACUCAACCGCGCCCGAAGUGGACAUUGACGAAUCCGCCUCGGACGUUGCCGAGGACGAGGACUCUGACGAUGACGACGACGGGGGAGCAAAGGAGCAGAUCACCUUCCUCGGCCAGCGAUGGAUACGCAACCCCACUGGCCACUUGCUGCCACGUCUUGACUCGACACCCACACUACUGUCGUUCCAACCCAGUACAGACGGCUCUCAGCCACAACCGAAUGGCAACCCUGCAGUUCAUCCCACACGGUCCAACCCUCACCCCCACUCGCACGAGGUGCCGACUGCAGAGCACAGGCUGCUCGUCACAUCAGCGAAGCACCAGCUGUAUAUCUUCGAAGUGACUGCCGGCCGUCUUUCAGGAUGGUCCAGGAGGAAUCCACCAUCCAGCUACCCGUCCGAAUACCGCAUGCUCGACCUCCCCGCCAAGGGGUGCGUAUGGGACGUGACCGCGUCGCAGCAGCGUCUGUGGCUGUACGGCGAGAAAUGGCUCUUCAUGUUCGACCUGAGCAAAGACCUGCCCCUGUCCGACGACGGAUCCAAGAAGCGCAAGCGCGAGCGCGACGCUGCAGUCGACACGCCGAGGAAGACGACGACCAGCGGCGCCGGCGACGCCAUCCCGUCGAGAGAAAGCACAGUGACCAAGAUGCGCAAGUACAACGGCGCGCCGGGCAAGGACGCAGGCAAAGCGACCUGGCUGGACGUGCACGCAGGCAGGACCAACGCGCUCGCCAACGACGACGACGACGACGACGACGACGACGACGACGAGAGCGAGGCGGCCCAACCGCUGACGUCUCUACGGCGAACCGCCACGCACGACGAGCUGACGACCCACGGCGACGUGCCUGCUGGCGGCGAGGUGGGCGAAGUGGAGCCCAAGGCGAGCUGGUGGCACACGUUCAAGUACCGGCCGAUACUGGGCAUGGUGCCUGUGCGCGGCGGGGAGCAAGGCCAGGGCCAGCUGCUCGAGGUGGUGCUUGUCGAGCGGCCCUCGUGGGAGCUCGAUCUACCACCGCGGUUUGUCGGGGCGCACGAGAAGUAA